AUUCUGGAUAGAGGAGCUGACUGAAGAAGUCGAUUUUGCAGCGAGAUUGUGCGUCAAUCGAAUACAAAUCAUAUUUUGAUAACUGGUAGAGAAGUGAACAAACACUAUCUUACCCACAGAACAGGGCAUCUCUCUUCGCGGACUCAUAGCCUACACAAAGCCCGGGACCAUGUCGGAGUACAGUUCUUUGCUCAGUGACCUGUCUGAGAACAUCACCAACGAGGACUUGGACCAACUCAAGUCAGCCUGCAAGGAGGACAUCACAGAGGACCAGAGCAACACAAUCACCUCCUCCAAGGAGUGGUUCAACUACCUGGAGAAAAACGAAAAGCUGGCACUGGAUAACCUGUCAUACAUCGAGCACAUCUUUGAGAUCUCACGACGACCAGACCUGCUGACCCGGGUCAUUGAGUAUCGCACCACCGUACUCAAGAUCUCUGAGGACGACGAGAUCGACACCAAGCUCACACGCAUCCCCUCUGCCAAGAAAUACAAAGAUAUCAUUCGCCAACCCUCUGAAGACGAGAUCAUAAAGUUGGCUCCUCCCCCUAAAAAAGUGUGAGGUCAUCACCCCUGACCUUUGCACUUUGACCCCUGGCACUCCAACCAUCUCGACCCCCCCCCCCCUUCGCCCCGCCUCAGCCCCGUUCCACUAACAUUCACCACAUGACAUAGAGACUAGCAGCCCUUCUCCAAUUAACCAAUCAGAUCGCCACGAUGCUUCGCUGCCACGUCUGCCGCGAUCGCCUCUUCCCUGACUAAAGGAGGAAGAGAGGAAGAGCUCAAGAUGAGAGAAAGAUGGAGAG